UUUACCUCCAACUAGCUAAUCUUUGUGUAUCUGUGGCGACUUUCAAAACUCACCACACAUCAAAAACCUCCAAAUCAUCCAGUCCCCCACACCAGGACACUCUCCCCGCCCCGCCCCGGCCCGGCCCGCCCCGCCUGCUUCCCGGCCCGCCCCGCCUGCUUCCCCCGGCCGGCACUAACCUGGUUGUAGUGUCCCUGUGUUCAACAGCGGGAGCGACGUGGAGAGGUCUCGGUAGGUACUUGAAGGGGACUUUCUCCUCCAUCUCCACCGCACCGUCUGUCUGUUGCUUCCUCUCCCCAAACAUGGGCUUUGAGGGUCUCGGUUCAACGGUGCUCUUGGCCUCCUUGGUAGCUCUUGUCGGCGUUUGCUCCGCGCGCUCGGACUCGCCCCGGGGAGUCGCGUUCGGGUUCGUUUUCGACCCCAAAGCGAAGUGCGAACCGCCGUGCGAACACGCAGGAAUCUGCACCCGCAACAACACAUGUUUCUGCUCCAGGGGCUAUGAAGGAGAGACCUGCCAGUAUGCCAACUGUUAUCCCAAAUGUAAGAAUGGAGGAGAGUGUCUUCGCCCUGGAAAAUGCAGAUGUCCUCCAGGAUUUGGAGGAAGAUACUGUCACAAAGUGACGUGUGAUGGGGGAUGUUGGAACGGAGGGGAAUGCAUCGCUGUCAACGGAGUGGCCAAGUGCAUCUGCCCCUCAAGCUGGACCGGCUCAAAAUGCCAAGAGGCGAUCUGUCCGCAAGGCUGUAGGAACGGGGGAAUCUGUGUGGCUCCAGGAAUCUGCAGCUGUCCGGAGGGAUGGCUGGGCGGUGCCUGUCACACUGCUGUGUGCGCCAAGCCCUGCCUGAAUGGAGGGAAGUGUAUUUCUCCCGACAAAUGCCGCUGUCGCCCCCCUUUCUCUGGCCCUCGCUGCGAGGAGAGGAAAAAGUCCCACUAGUGUGACCCUGUCGGGGUCAGAGGUCAAUGAGGCCCAAUAAGGGACUUUAUGCUGAUGAGGAUAAUUAUUAUUUUUUUUAGCUGAAACAUUGUUAGUUUUUACUUUUUUUUUAACCAUAUAUGUAAUUAUUUUUUAAGAAACAUCAAACCUGUUUAAUGUUCUCAUUUGACUGUAUAAACAUGUACUGUACUGUAAUUUGUGUCAUUAAAUGAAUAAAAGAGUGAAUUGCA